AUGCCUCGUCUAUAUAUGCUAAUUAUUUUACGGCACUGCCACUCGUGUCUUUUUCGCCCUCCCAGAACGUUAACAACAUUCAAUUUCCAAAUUUCAUUUGCACCGUCACGUUUUUAUCACCUACCCGUCUCUCUCGCUUGUAUUGUUUUCUUUCUUCAUUUUUCUUUUUGCCAUGUCAUCGCUGAACGAAAAGCAGUCAACCGAUAUUAUCCUCCUGGUUGGGACCCAAGCAAAGGCUCAAUCAAUAAAUAUGUCGGAUCCCAUCCUCUACGAGAACGGGCUCGAAAGCUCAGCCAGGGGAUUCUUGUUAUCAGAUUUGAGAUGCCCUACAAUAUUUGGUGCGAUGGUUGCAACAGCCACAUUGGCAUGGGUGUACGCUACAAUGCAGAAAAGAAAAAAACAGGCAAUUAUUAUACAACGCCAAUCUACACGUUUCGUAUGAAGUGCCAUUUGUGUGACAACUAUUUUGAGAUUCAAACAGAUCCCCAGAAUCAUGAUUAUGUCAUUCUUAAUGGAGCCCGACGCAAGGAACAGAGAUGGGAUCCCAAAGAAAAUGAACAGAUCGUUCCAGAAGACAAAACGACUCACAAAAAGCUGUUCACAGAUCCAAUGUAUCAAUUGGAACAUGGUUCUGAUGAUAAGGAGAAGAAGAAAGCAGCCAUCCCCACACUCAGUGAAUUGGAAGAGAAAAAUGAGGUCUUCAAAGAUGAUUACAUACUUAAUAGUAUAGCCCGGAAUAAAUUCAGGGAUGAGAAAAAAUCCCAGAAAGCCAUUGCUGAAGCAGAUCUUGAUGUAUUACAGCGAGCCUCUUUGAAUAUUUCUUUAGUUAAAGAACAAGAAGAAGAUAUUAAACUUGCUGGAUUGCUUAAAUAUGGAACGCAGGAAUGUUAUGAACAAAAGCAAAAGGAACGGCGACAACAGAUUGCCAUUCGCCCAUUUUUUUCACCAUCCACAGAAAGCAGACCCACAACACAGUCGCCAAAACAGCAGGCGGUCAAGAGGCAUAUCACGGAUGCCAUUCUGAACAAGAAGAAGAAUAACCCUUUUGACGUUCUGCUAUCACCAAAUGGGAACAUCUCUAAUGGCAUCUGCAAACUGUCAACAUCCAACCCAACAUCACCAACGGUUUCAAUGAAAGAAAAGCAUGCUUCACAGACAUCUGCAACUGAAGAUGCAGAUCAAAACAAAACAAAGAAAAUGAAAGUAGCUUCUUCAACUACAGAUCAUCUGUUGUCUGAAGUAGCCGAGGAGAAUACCGCCAAAAUAAAAACUGUUUCUCCUCCUGGGGUCUCAGGGGGUCUGGCUAGUCUUAUGACCUCAUAUUCUGAUAGCAGUGACAGUGAAGAUACUGUUCCAUUGGCAGAAUCCUGA